AUGGCGUCUGCUCUCUCCUACAACUCCAUGAACCUCUCUGCAACCGUUUUUUCAAGAACCCAUUUCCCGAUUCCGAUCACCAGAGACUUCCCAGUUGAGUUUUCACCUUACAUUCACUGUGACUACAAUCUCAGAAGCAGAGCAAAAACAGGGCAGAAGCGGAAUUUGACCGAGGUCAGAGCUACGGUGGCGACCAGAGAGAACAACCCAGUUGCAUGCAACAGUUCUGAUCAGAAGAAGCUUCGGAUUUUGGUUGCUGGGGGAGGAAUUGGAGGGCUGGUUUUCGCUUUGGCGGCGAAGAAGAAGGGGUUUGAGGUUUUGGUGUUUGAGAAGGAUUUGAGUGCUGUGAGAGGUGAGGGACAGUACAGAGGUCCAAUUCAGAUACAGAGUAAUGCCUUGGCUGCUUUGGAAGCUAUUGAUUUGGAUGUGGCUGAGGAGGUUAUGAGACUUGGCUGUAUUACUGGUGAUAGGAUCAAUGGCCUCGUUGAUGGAGUUUCUGGAACUUGGUAUGUCAAGUUUGACACAUUCACUCCUGCAGCGGAACGGGGGCUUCCGGUUACAAGAGUCAUAAGCCGAAUGUUAUUACAGCAAAUCCUUGCUGGUGCUGUUGGUGAUGAUAUUAUUUUUAAUGGGAGUAAUGUCGUUGAUUUUCAGGAUCUUGGAAACAAGGUUAAUGUUGUACUUGAGAAUGGAGAGUGUUACGAAGGUGAUCUUCUGGUUGGAGCUGAUGGUAUCUGGUCGAAGGUAAGGAAGAACUUAUUUGGACUAGAGGAAGCUGUUUACUCGGGUUAUACUUGUUAUACUGGUAUUACAGAUUUUGUGCCUGCUGACAUUAGUUCUGUAGGGUAUCGAGUAUUUCUGGGGCACAAACAAUACUUCGUUUCUUCAGAUGUAGGGGCAGGAAAGAUGCAAUGGUAUGCAUUUCACAAGGAACCAGCUGGUGGUGCUGAUGCCCCUAAUGGUAAAAAGGAAAGGCUGCUUAAAAUAUUUGAUGGCUGGUGUGAUAAUGUGAUAGAUUUGCUACUUGCCACAGAGGAAGAUGCAAUUCUACGACGCGACAUAUAUGAUAGGACCCCAACUUUAUCCUGGGGAAAGGGUAAUGUGACCUUGCUUGGAGAUUCUGUCCAUGCUAUGCAACCAAAUUUAGGUCAAGGGGGAUGCAUGGCCAUUGAGGAUGGUUAUCAACUUGCAUUGGAGCUUGAAAAAGCUAUGAAGAAAAGCAGUGAACUGGGAACUCCUCCUGACAUUGCUGCUUCUUUAAGAAGCUAUGAGACCUCUAGAAAACUGCGGGUUGCCAUUAUUCACGGAAUGGCUAGAAUGGCUGCAAUUAUGGCUUCAACUUACAAGGCUUAUCUGGGUGUAGGACUUGGUCCAUUAUCGUUUUUGACGAAGUUUCGGAUACCACAUCCAGGAAGAGUUGGUGGGAGAGUUUUUAUUGACAAGGCAAUGCCCUUGAUGCUGAGUUGGGUCUUAGGUGGUAACAGCUCAAAACUUGAAGGAAGGCCACCAAGUUGCAGGCUUUCAGACAAAGCUGAUGAUCAGUUACGAAGUUGGUUUGAGGACGAUGAUGCACUGGAGCGUGCUAUUGAUGGAGAGUGGUAUCUCAUACCUUGUGGACUUGAAAAUGGUGCUUCGCAACUUAUUCAUUUAAAAAGAGAUGAGAAAACCCCCUGCAUAAUUGGGAACACCUCAAAUGGGGAUUCAUCAGUAAUAUCAGUUCCAUUACCCCAGGUUUCAGAAAAUCAUGCUUCUAUCACCUACAAGGAUGGUGGUUUUUACCUAUCUGAUUUGCGAAGCAAAUAUGGUACCUGGCUCGCCGACAAUGAGGAGAAGCGGUACCGGAUACCUCCAAAUUUUGCAGUUCGUUUCCACCCCUCGGAUGUUAUUGAGAUUGGUCCUGGGCAGAAGGUAGCAUUUAGGGUAAAAGUUAUGCAGACUGCUCCAAGGAGUCCUGAAAAGGAUGGAAUUCUUCAGGCAGCGUGACAUCAUUUCUAUGAAGUGGGUAACUUUGUAGAAUGAAUGAAAUUGUACAGCAUGUGAUUGGAAUGUGCUGCAUUUUGCAGAGUAGAUGAUAGACAAAACAAACAACAGACCCUUCCCACCACAAAAAAAAAACAAAAAACAAAAUCUUUAUACAUCAAUGUGAAUAUAUCAAUUUUGACUAGUUUCAUACUGUACGUAUAUAUUUCAGUGAUGGAGAUCCCAUUUAUUGAACUGGAUAUGGUUUAAAUA